UGGUCCACUUCCCGUCCAGCAAACGAUAAGAAUAAGAUGAGACGUGGAACAGGAAGAGCAGACUUUACUUACAAAUGUUAAGGGUUACUUAUUUUUCUUUUUCGGUGUUUAUUUGCUCUUCGAUACUUAUUUGAUUAACUGUUGAAUAUCCUCGAAAGGGUUUUCUUCGGACUCUUCUGUUCUUCUGAAGUUUUAUGUUUUUCUUUCCUGUUGCAGCGUUGAUCACCGUUUAGGUGCACGAUUGCUUAAUUCAGUUGCAUUGCAUUUCCGGCACUCAGGCACUGGACGAAUACAGUCCCAUCAUGCCAAAAGAGUCUAGCACUCAUAAUGUAGAUAUCAGCAGCGGACGGUCCGAGCCUUGCAGUACUUCUGCUAGCAAUUCGGAAAAAGUUGGAGGUGAAGAGAAACAGGCAAAAGUUCCCGCUUUUGGGAAGGAAUGCAUACUUUCGCCUGAGUUGGCGGCCUUCUUGGGAAAAGAACGGAUGAGUCGCUCUGAAGUGGUUUCGGCGAUGUGGAAAACUAUUCGCGAGCGUGGGCUUAUUGAUCCAAAUCAAAAGCAGUACGCCGUAUGCGAUGAACAGUUGUUCAAGGUUAUAGGUCGAAAACGUUUCAAAGUUUUUGGGAUGAUGAAGUUCUUGAAAGGACACAUCCAAGAUCCAAAUAAGAAAAAAUGAAGCUGGUAAAUGAAGAAAUGCCUUAAAAAAAUGAAGAAAUGCCUGGAAGUUCGACUUUCUCUUUUGUUUCCGGGAAAGGACCUGUCAUUUCUGUUGGGCGUUUGGUGGUUGAAUGACGGAACUCCACUUGCUGUCGCACAAUUGUUUUUAAUUUGUUACCGUAUUCUUGUGUUCUGAUAUCACAGAAAUUCUUUUUAUUGCUGCUAUUGUGGCCCUGUUGAGAAUGCAUCUGCCGUUUACAUAUUACGGUUAUUUCUGGUCCAAAAGCAGGUGGACACUGGGCAGCUUGAAUAUAAUCAGUUUAUUGCAAAGAAUAAUUUACAGCCUUUUGUUAGUUGCUUUUCGUUCUUGAACUUGUAUCUAAUUGUGAGUUUUAGAGCAGUUCUUUGUGAGGUUGUGAACUUGUGAGGCGACUCGUUAGUUAGUUAGUAUGCAUUGUAUGCAUUAGUAUGUUA